AUUCUGUCUCAUGACCCCGUUCUUCAAAUUAUUGUUAUAUAAGGAAGCUGGUGCCACAUAGGAGAGAUUCUCAGGAAGGAGCCAGGGCUGACCCUUGCAAAUCACUUGAAGAUCUCCAGAAAGGAGACAGCAGCUGAUUCUGGGAAGGGCUCAAGGAUCACCAGGAAGGAGCCUCCAGAAGCCUUGUAGAAUAGGAGUUGGAACUACAGACAAGGAGUCAGACAGUGAUGGCUCAGAACUUCUCUCUAGCGGACCUUCAGAUGCAGAGAAACUGGAUCAAAUUUUGGAAUGUCCUGUUUGCUGAUUUAGUGACUUCCUCUCCAUAAGAUCUCAAGUAAAUGCCCAACAUGCCUCACCGGACCAUUCAUCUCUUCCGGAAGGGAUUUCGGCUCCAUGACAACCCAACUCUACUGGCUGCACUGGAGUCCUCAGAGGUUGUGUAUCCAGUCUACAUUCUGGAUAGAAAGUUCCUGAUGUCUGCAAUGAAUAUGGGAACUCUACGCUGGCACUUCCUGCUGCAGUCUCUCGAGGAUCUGCAGAGGAACCUAACUAAACUGGGCUCUUGCUUACUGGUUAUUCAAGGAGAGUAUGAGUUGGUUCUUCGAGACCAUGUUAAAAAGUGGAACAUUACCCAGGUGACUCUAGAUGCUGAGAUUGAACCAUUUUACAAAGAGAUGGAGAGGACCAUACAAGUUCUGGGGGGAGAGAUGGGAUUUGAUGUGCUUUCUUUGAUGGGCCACACGCUUUAUGACAUCAGACGGAUUUUGGACAUGAAUGGUGGGACUCCCCCCUUGACAUACAAAAGAUUUCUUCAUAUCCUCUCUGUACUCGGGGACCCUGACAUGCCUGUACGAAACCUUACAACCGAGGAUUUCCAGAGAUGUAAGCCUGCCCCUGAGCUGCCCCUGGCUGAAUGUUACAGGGUGCCCCUCCCUGAGGAUUUGGAAAUCCCCCGAGAUAGCCAGUCCCCGUGGAGAGGGGGAGAAACUGAAGGGCUGCAGCGACUAGAGCAACACUUGAAAAAUCAGAUGUCGUUGUUGCCUUUGGAUUGUGGUGCACAGAGAAGCUUGGGAGGAAUGAGCUGGGGCAGCAGCUGGAAUGCAGUGUCUUUAUACUGGUCCCUUUUGAUGCAGGGCUGGAUAGCAAAUUUUACUAAACCAAAAACAAUUCCAAAUUCUCUGCUUCCAAGUACUACAGGACUGAGUCCCUAUUUCAGCUUGGGCUGUUUGUCAGUUCGGAGUUUUUUUUAUAGAUUAUCGAACAUUUAUGCUCAGUCAAAGAACCACUCUCUGCCACCUGUGUCACUUCAAGGACAGCUUCUGUGGAGAGAAUUCUUCUAUACAGUGGCAUCAGCAACACCAAACUUUACCAAAAUGGCGGGGAACCCCAUCUGCCUUCAGAUCAACUGGUACCAGGAUGCAGAGAGACUCCACAAGUGGAGAAUGGCUCAGACAGGGUUUCCAUGGAUUGAUGCUAUCAUGACUCAGCUUCAUCAGGAAGGUUGGAUUCACCACCUUGCUCGACAUGCUGUUGCCUGCUUCCUGACUCGAGGAGACCUCUGGAUCAGCUGGGAAGAGGGCAUGAAGGUGUUUGAAGAGAUGCUGUUAGAUGCAGACUACAGCAUCAAUGCAGGAAACUGGAUGUGGCUGUCAGCCAGCGCUUUCUUCCAUCAGUACACACGCAUUUUCUGCCCGGUCCGCUUUGGCAAACGCACAGAUCCAGAAGGACAAUAUAUCCGAAAAUACCUCCCAGUGCUAACGAAUUUUCCUUCCAAGUACAUCUAUGAACCUUGGACAGCACCAGAAGAGGCACAGAAGCAGGCAGGAUGUAUUAUAGGUCAAGAUUAUCCACUCCCUAUGAUAAACCACAAGGAAGCCAGUGACCAUAAUCUGCAACUCAUGAAACAGGUCAGAGAAGAACAGUAUGGAACAGCACAGCUCACAAGAGAUGACAUGGAUGAUCCAAUGGAAAUGGGGCUAAAGCGUGAACGCUCUGAAGAAAAUUCAAAGAAAGGAAAACGUGCCAGGAACAGAGAACAGACAUAGAUUCUGACCUUUGGCUGAGAAGGAUGAGUCCAUUCUACCUGGGAGCCAGGAGCAGCAGCCCAGGGACAGUAGGAGCAGAGGGAGUACACUUGAGGACCUGCUCAUUGGCAUCGACAGGAGUCAGAAGCAAUUUGACUUUAUGAGAGGAAGGGAGGAAUGGGCUGCUGAGUGGGAGGAACAUUUUCGCUAGAGGCAGGAGUCAAUAAUGGAGCAGGACACUCGGUAAAGGGAACAGGAGCUUGCCCAAAGGGACCGGAAGCAUGUCCUGUUGCAGACCCAGGUACAAGUGGUAGUGGAAAGGAUUCAGUCCUGCCUGCCACAAUAGCCACUGCCAAUGUCUGGGAACUGGCACCUCCUCCUCAUCCACCAUCUAUUCCUCCUCCAGCAUCUGCAACGCAGGGUGCUGCUGAGAUGGAGGAUUCAAACCCCACCCCCAGUGACAAGACAGGGGCUGCAGGACUCCAGGCACAGCAGCCUGCACUGGCACCCAGAGCCCCUACUAGGAGAAGCCCUGUGACCAUGUAGGAGGGGAACAAUGAGCCUGACUGAGACUGUGCCUGAAGGCUGUUGUGUGUCCCACCCCCAAACCACAUGCAAGAGAUGCCCCCUGUUUGUCCCCCUGGACUCAAUAGCAUAGCUAGGGGGGAAGCGGGGGAGCAGCCACUCCCCACUGAGCACAUUCCCCAAAAGUGGCGCCUUUUUAAUUUUUACACUCACCCCAGCAGUCCGGAUCUUCGGUGGCAAUUUGGUGGCAGGUCCUUCAGCCACUCCAGGUCUUCGGCGGCGGGUCCUUCAGCCGCUCCGGGUCUUCGGCGGCAAGACUUGGGUUUUUUCUUUUUUUUUUUCCUUCGCUGCUUCGGCACCUUUUUUCAUGUGUUUGCUCCCCCUGCUAGUAGAACCUGGCUAUGCCACUGCCCGGACUGUUUUCUGCAGCCAUUUCCCCCUUCUCUGGGGGAAAGGGAGUUCAAGGCCAACAACACAAGGUCAUAGACAUCAUAGUUUCAAUGU